AGCUUGGUUCAGUACGUUUUGGGAGACAGGAGCCCAGUCAAUGUUUAUGUCGGCCAUUUGUCCGACAUUCUACCUAUAUUUGUCGGACUAUCGGUAGGAUGGUAAAACGCUGUGUAUGGGGCACGUGUAAUUCCGAUAGUCGGUAUGCAGAUCGAUUUUGUGGACAAUUUAACCCGUUUCCGAAACCGAAGACCAGACUUGAUGCAUGCAGGCGCUGGAUCAAAGCCUGCGGCAGACGGCAUCUGGACAUCAACAAAGUAAACAAGCACACAUACGUGUGUUCUAAGCACUUUGAGAAUGGUGUCGGCCCCACUGGGGAGCACCCUGACCCUGUGGCUGCAGAUGGCGCUGACCCUGUGUUGCGUAGGUCGCCAAAAAGGAAGACACCUGUACAAGCUAUUAGGAUGGAUGGAACAUCUAUUAUCCUCCAUGAUGCUGAAUUAGAACCCUGUCUGAAACAAGGUGUCAAUAAGUUGUACAAGGACCAGGUUCUGUGUGAUGUGACCUUGACCUCAAAUGAUGGGGUUGACCUUCAAGCUCAUUGGCUGGUUCUUGCAGCACAUUCAGGUUUUCUUCAGCAUGUAGCAGUCAACCAGAGCAUGAAGCAUUCCAUGAUGUCUGACUCAGGCAAAUUGAAACUGGACAUUGAGUCCAAGGUUCUGAAACUGAUGGUGGACUAUCUGUACUGUGGGGAGCUGGUCGUUACCAAGGACUGUCUGGACAAGGUGAAGCAAGCCCUCAAGGUUCUCCAGUUGUCCAGAGCUGCGGACCUUCUGCAGCAGGCCUGUUUGUCAGAAACAUCACAACUAACAAACACCAAGGAGCAACCACAUGUCCCAACUCAGCGAACCCUCCUCCCAAAACCGCAACCCCUCGUCCCAAAACAGCGACCCCAAGUCCCAAAGAAGUUUGCCAUUGAUAGCACACUAUUGCAGCCAGCUGGUUCACCCUUGUCCUCUCCCCACCAGUUUAAACCUAUUAUUUUAUCUGUGGAAUCCCUGAAAGGUAGUCCAACAACAGCACUGGCAAAUCCCUUGUCUAAGAGCACAAACUUACACAUACCUCACAUGCAAGGCAGGUCAUCCUUACUAGAUUGGUCUCAUGGACAAUCCCAUGGCAGCACUGGGAAUGGUGGUCAUCUGCCAGGUGUUCCUGUGGACAAAUCCCCUGGAGAAGAAUGCUCUUUGAGAACUGUCAAGAACAAAGGCUGCAGCACUUUCUCUAAGCACCCUUGUGUUUCUCCUGAAGACAAUGAUGAAUGUAAAACAGCUCCAUCUAGUGGAGGAAAAACUGUUCAAUCCUGGAGAAAGGGGUUAUCCAAAUUGGUGGUUGGAUCAACAAUAUCAAAUAAAUCCAAUAACCAUCCUGGUAUGGUUUCAAGUGGUUCUUUCAGUCCUACAGGAGACCAAAGUAAUAUGAACCUAGAUCUUGUGAAGACUGAACACUCUUAUGCUGAGUCUGAUGACCUCGAUUACACCAUAUAUGAAAAUAUGGACACCUCUGAUACUGAUUCUUGUCAAGGUUCUCUAGUUAGCGAGGGAGAUGCUUUUCCGGAUCAGGAUAUGUCUUCAUCAGCACAGAGUAUAUCUUCAUCACCUCAGAGUACAUCUUCAUCUGCUCAGAGUAUUUCUUCAUCACCUCGGUGUAGAUCUUCAUCAGCACAGGGUCCAUCUUCUUCAACACAGCAUACGUCUUCAUCAGUACAGGAUAUAUCUUCAUCAGUACAGGGUCCAUCUUCUUCAACACAGCAUACGUCUUCAUCAGUACAGGAUAUAUCUUCAUCAGUACAGGGUCCAUCUUCUUCAGCACAGAGUACAUCAUCUUCAGCACAGAGUACAUCUUCUUCAGCACAGAGUACAUCUUCUUCAGCACAGAGUACAUCUUCUUCAGCACAGAGUACAUCUUCAUCACCACAUGGUACAUCUUCAUCAGCACAGUGUAUAUCUUCAUCAGUACAGGGUCCAUCUUCUUCAGCACAGAGUACAUCUUCUUCAGCACAGCAUAUGCCUUCAUCAGCACAAGGUACAUCUGCUUCAGCACAGAGUACAUCUUCUUCAGCACAGAGUACAUCUUCUUCAGCACAGCGUAAGCCUUCAUCAGCACAAGGUACAUCUGCUUUAGCACAGAGUACAUCUUCUUCAGCACAGAGUACAUCUUCUUCAGCACAGCGUAUGCCUUCAUCAGCACAAGGUACAUCUGCUUCAGCACAGAGUACAUCUUCAUCAGCACAGGGUACAUCUUCUUCAGCACAGCGUACAUCUUCCUCAAGUUCUGCUCACAACGAUCAAACCAAAGCAAAAAGAUCUGUCAAUGCUGAAGAGUGUCUUUAUGUUGGAAACCCCCUCACCUCAAAACUUCAAAGCCACCCAACACAGGAAUCAAAGCCAUAUCACAAAUCCAGUGGUGCAUUUACAAGAAAGUAUUUACAUAGCCAGAAUGCCCAUGAACAAGACAAGACAGACACAGCAUCCAAUUUCCCAUGUAAGUUGUGCGAGGAAACAUUUAAAAACCUAAGUGACUUGAAGUAUCAUUGUUUAUCAAAGCAUUUGUCUACAGCCAUGAAAAGACCAAAGUUGAAUAUUCAUGUGAAAUCUUCAAGAGAACCUACAGCCUCUCCAAAGCAAUGCAGUGAUGGCAGAAAUAGAAGCUCUGCAUGCUCUAGGAGAGAUGAGCUGCAGACUGAGGUCUACCCUGAUCAGAAGGAAGAGUGCUUUGGUCAAGAAGAAGAGUGCCCUAUUCAAGAGGAAGAGUGCCCUAUUCAAGAAGAAUGUUGUGGUCUAGAGGAAGACAACCAUAAUCAUGAGGAAAUCUGCCCUGGCCAGCAGAAAGAGUUCUCUGGUCUGGAGGAAGAAGAGUGUAGAAGAGAGGGAAGGAUCUCUAAAACAGUGGAUCAGGCAGAUGACAAUUCACAAGGAAGCCAAGCCGGACAGACACCUGCUGAUUCUUCAAGUACCCAGCUUCCCAUUACCAGCAACAGAAAUGGCAAGAGACCCCGUUUGACCAGUGAUGCAACAAUACAGGAGGGGAUCCAUAUUUCAUGUCUGAACAAACCGAGGCAUCCCAGCACAAAUUGUGGUCAAGCACAACCAACUCCAGACUUGAAGAAACCUGGAAAAAAGAAGAAGAAAGUAGAGGGUACUAUACAUGACUAUAUAGCAGGGGGGUACUAUAUUGAAGGAGGUGCUGUAUUGUAGAGUACCUGAAAGCAUAUAUAGAGCAGAAGUACUGUAGAGCAGGGCAUCAGUGGAGGCACUACAUUGAUUGCAAGAUGACACAAAAUGGCUUGGAACCAGAAACUAAGUCCUACCCUUCUAAGCUGGAGCUCUUCAAGCGUCUGUUACUCACAGACAAGUCGAACAAGCAAAUGGAUUCCUCCUCAGGAGAAGGAGAAUGGAUGGUGUGUAGACGAAAUACCAUCAUCUCUACUUUUGGUGUGAAUUUAAUAACUUACAUGACAUGUUUUCGACAUGAGAGAAAUGGCCAGGCUGUAUGUUAUUGUGAGAGAAAUAAAUCCCGGUCAUCGAAGUUCUUUUCCUAAAUAAAUUCUGGUCCCUGAUCUGUUUGUCUUAAUCACUGAGGCAAUCAAGAGAGUAUGCAACGAUUUAUGACUAGAUCGAACCUUCACAGGGUCGCCACAACAAUCAAAACAAUGGAAACAUUUGACACCAUCACAAACAAAGAAGGUAAAUAAGAGCGACAAAACGGUUUCCAUAGCCACAGCUGGAAAGGUGAUGGCCUUGCCUUGUGUUCUGGGAUGUGUUAUAUUGUGGACAAAAGGCCAGACAUUAAUGAGGUGUAAUGAGGUAUAACGUCACGUCCAAGAUUAUUGCACUUACAUAGCGAUGUGCAUGCAUGACCUCACUCACUACUUGUAAACACUUAACUGGAAUCAUCAAAUCAAGCCGUUUGGUAUGCAGGAUAGCUUGUAGUAGAAAGUGCUUAGAAAUGUUUCAGGUUUACAACCUUGGACAUGAAUGAUGUCUUAUCUGCUUUGAAGGAAAGCUACAUAUAUGUUAGAUGUCAAACCAUCAUUUGCCAUUGUAACCAUGGUAACAGAGUCUGCAACAGGAGUUCCUGUUUCAAAGAUUGCAUGCUGUAUUUCAAAAAAAAUUCAUUUGAAUUCUG